CACAUACGCACAAAGAUAAGAAGGGAAAGCAAGUGAAGACACGAUGUUGAUCUGAGCCUCACUCGACGUUGUGUAAAGGAAAAGGAGUCCUUCCCUCUCUGUCUGUUUUAAGAUUUGAGCUUUAACCUUUUAAGGAAAAAGAGUGAGGUUGUGAGAUUGAGUCCCACUGGUGGUGUGUACGUGUGUGAAUUAUCAUGAAUAUAAGUCGCACAAUUGUGGUUUUCAAGCCAGAUUUUUCAACUACUUCUGCAUUUUUGGUCUUCUUCAACGGCCAAGCUUGCUGAAAGCACUUGAUGUACAGAUAAGAAAAUUUUCAGGGUUUCUUGUUUCUUUUGAAAUUGAAAACAAGAGAACAAUAUGUUUGCUAGUGAAGGCUUCAUUAAUGUUCAUGAUCAUGGUACAGUAGUUGAUAAGAAAAAAGUUAGAGUUCAAUGCAAAUAUUGUGGUAAAGUGGUGAGUGGUUUCUUCCGUCUAAAGUGCCACUUAGGAGGUAUACGUGGAGAUGUUACUCCUUGUGAAAAUGCUCCUCAAAAUGUGAAGGAACCGUUUAGAAAUAAAUUACUUGAAAGGAAGAUAGAAAGUUUAAGCAAGGAAGUUGAUGAACGAAAUGACCCAAAUCUUCCCUGUAAAAGGAAUUGUCGUCCUAACUUGAAUAGUGUUAAGCAUAAUAAGCAUGAAACAUCUCAAACCGCUGGUUCUUGUGAUGGGAGGCAUGUUGAUAUGGACUCUGCACUCGAAGACAGUCUUACAGACAGUGCUCCUCUGCCCUAUGGAAAUACAGGUUCUCAAACAGCCAUCAAUUGCAAAGAAGGAAGAGUUUCAUUAUCAAGGAAAGCCCAAAAAUGCAUUGCUAGAUUUUUCUAUGAAACAGGUGUUGAUUUCGGUACUGUCAAUUCCCCUAGUUUCAAAGCAAUGAUAAAUGCUACCCUGGGUAAUGGUCAGAUGGUGUAUAACAUCCCAAGUUGUCAGGAGCUAAAAGGGUGGAUCCUUAAAGAUGAGGUGAAGGAUAUCCAAGAGUAUGUGAAGAAGAUUAGGCAUUCAUGGGCAAGCACAGGGUGUAGCAUCUUGUUAGAUGGAUGGAUUGAUGAAAAGGGUCGACACCUGGUUAAUUUUUUGGUGGAUUGCCCACAGGGUAUUGUUUAUCUUCGCUCGUCUGAUGUUACAUCUUUCAUUGACGAUGUUGAUAUGUUACAGUUGUUGUUGGAUGGAGUUAUUGAGGAGAUUGGAAUUGAAAAUGUAAUUCAAGUGGUGGCAUGUUCUAUAACAGGUUGGAUGGGAGCUGUGGGCAAGCAAUUCAUGGAUAGGUGCAAGAGAGUGUUCUGGACUGUGAGUGCAUCCCAUUGCAUUGAGCUCAUGCUAGAGAAGAUUGAAAUGAUUGAGUCCAUCAGAGGUAUAUUGGCUAAAGGCAAGUCCCUUACAAAGUUUAUUUAUGGCCAUGAAACUGUUUUGAAUCUUUUGAAGAAACAUACUCUUGGCCGUGACCUAGUUCGGCCCUCCAAAAUAAGGUCAGCAAUGCCCAUUAUGACUUUGGAGAAUAUUGUCUCAGAAAAGCUGCAAUUAAAGAACAUGUUUGCCUCACCUGAGUGGAACACAUCAGUCUGGGCUUCUAGAACAGAGGGAAAGAGGGUAGCUGAUUUGAUGGAAGAUAGCUCUUUCUGGACUGGAGCUGGGAUUGCCUUGAAGGCAACUCUACCAGUUGUGCGUGUUUUAUGUUUAAUCAGUCAGGCUGAUAAACCACAAGUGGGGUACAUAUACGAAACAAUGGAUCAACUAAAAGAGACAAUUAAAGAGGAAUUUAAAGGGAAGAAAUCCCAGUACAUGCCUUUUUGGAAAGCGAUUGAUGAGAUUUGGGACAACUUUCUCCAUAGCCCUAUUCAUGGUGCAGGGUAUUAUUUAAACCCAAGUCUCUUUUAUUCAAGUGAUUUCCUAGGUGAUGCUGAGGUUGCCUUUGGCCUUUUGUGCUCUACCGUCCGCUUGGUACAAGAUCAGAGAAGUCAAGAUUUGAUAUCCCGACAACUUGAAGACUAUAGACAUGCUAGAGGUAGUUUUGAAGAGGGGAGUGCCAUUAACCAAAGAACCAGCAACCCUCCUGCUCUAUGGUGGUCUCAUUAUGGAACAGAAUAUCCUGAGCUGCAGAGAUUUGCCUUUCGAAUUCUGAGCCAGAACUGCGACGGUGCUUCAAGAUGCGGACUAAAGAGAAGUUUGGCCGAGAAGCUGCUUACAACCGGAAGGAAUCCUAUUGAGCAACAAGGAUUGAGUGAACUGACAUUUGUACAUUAUAAUUUGCAACUGCAGCAGUUUCAGUCAGGCAAGAAGUGUGACAUUGUGGCUGAAGAGAUUGACCCAAUGGAUGAUUGGAUAGUUGAUGAAGCACCAGAGAUUGUGUCCCGAAAUGUUCAAUCUUCACGGAUUAACUUGGGCUCCACUGAAGGGGCUAUUAAUGGGGAUGGACCUUCUCGAUUUCAAGCAAAGAAAGAAACCUUGUAAGUGAAGAUAAAAGGGAUAGUUGAAAAAGGAUAGGGUAUAGCAAUGGAAUUUGCACAGAUUUAGAACCAUGACUUCCAACAAGUGUUUAAGGAUAAGUGUUAUAACUAACUUACAUGGCAUUUUUGUUUUCUCCUUCAUGUA